GAAUAGGGAAGAUACACUUGAACUGGAAGUUAAUUAUCAUAAAUAUCAACACUGUGUAUCUAAGAUAUGAUGGACCAAAACAUUAAUUAUUAGAAAAGAAAUGUAAAUGAAGGUUUAAAUAAUUAAAAAUGCCUUCGAAGCCUAAACCGAACAAGAAGAAGCAAACGAACCCUAAGAAAAAUGUCGCGCCAGCAAAAGUUGGGAGUGCAGGAGGUAGUUCUGAACAUAAAAAUGUAGAAACUUCAAGUGGGUUAACGCAAGAAGCUGAAGAUCAGUUUGAACUUGAAUUAUGUUGGUGUAUUCAACAAUUAGAAACGUGUCUGGCUACUGGCAAGCUUCCAGAGAAGCAGACACAGGAUUUGAAUAAGAAUAUAAACAUUUUGAAAAGCAACACAGCACCUUUGGUUAAAAAGAGGCAAAUAAUGAGGAACAGUUUAGGGGACUACAGAGAAAAAAUGGCUUUAGAUCAGCAGAAGCAUGGUAAAUCAGCGUCUUCAUUGAAGUUCGUGUCCACAUCCAAACAAAAUGAAAAAUGCCUGUUUGUUAAAAAGGCAGCUUGCAACAUAACAAAACUAAAGAAAGACGCCAAUAACGAUGUUGUAUCUUCAAAUGCAAAUAAUAAUUCCAACAAUGAUACGGAGACUGAAUUUAAAUUUAAUUUUCAAAUUACAGAAUAAAUGUAUAUUUUGUAAAUACCUGUGUGUAUAAUCGUCUGUAGUUUAAUUUUCGUUAUCAUCGAUUUUCAUUUAUAUUGUAUUCUACUUUUCAUAAAUAAAUACUUGUGUGUCUUA